AUGGGGGCCUUUAAAGCCCAGCCCAGGCGUUCUCGUGUGAGACUCUCCAAGUGCCUGCAAGAACAGCUGCUCAACGCUGUCGCCAUACCAUCUCCACUACGAGCGGACCUCCAUCAGAAUGCGCCAGCAAGGUCGACAAAAAGGCAACUCGACGAGAUUGACCACUCGCCUGCGAAGAAGGCCCGAUUGACGAAUGCGCAGCAACCUGGAGUUGAGGGCAGAGGGGUUCAACACGCGGACGAGACGACAGUCCUCCGACAACCAACACCGAAGCCCCCAUACGCCUCCUUUCUCGAGAAGUUUGUCGAUCCCUUCCAGCCGGAUCCUCGCGCCAAUUUGGAGCACAGUUUUGUUCUUGAGUGGCUCGGAUCGGUUGGGUCCGACCGACAUACACACUGCCGGUCAGACAGCCAUCUUCAGCUUGCGGACGACAGCCCCAUCCCGAGAGGGCUCGCGAGAUCAGCCCCGGUGAUUGGCUACACACAGGGUGCUGAUGGUUUUGCGGUGCUGCUGACCCCCGCUUCGACCGGGUCUCGUUCACGAGCAGAUACGGACAGCAGAUCGAUUGCCCCAUCGAACAUCACCGGGUCCUCAGGACCGUCCGGGAGAAGCCUUGUCGAAAGCCCCCUUUACCGAGAUCUGAACCUGGCUGCAAACCACAUCUACAUCCGGCCCCUCCACGAGCAAUUUCCCGAACAUAUUGCCGAUAUUGUGCAGCGCAUCAAGCAUGAUCGUGAUUCUCCUAGCCCGUCACCAGAGGAUGUCAGGCAGGAUGCAGAGUUAAAUGAACUCUGGAUGGGCACUGGGAAGCCUGAGGUAGAGGACUACUUCAGGGACAAGAUAUUCCCUAAGCCGGGACCAGCAGACAGUUUAAAACGCAACGACAGACAACCGAUGGCCAAGCACACCGUCCCCAGCACAAGAUCCGACCUCAAAGUCAGCACCCCCGUGCCAGAUAUGCUCUAUGGAUACAACCGGCAGAAGGCCUUUUCCCAGCAGCAGGCCCAGCUGAUCUCCAUGGGGACGGAGAUGGUGGCGAAUAAUCAGGGACUGAUGUAUCCGUUCUUCGUCAUCGAGUUUGCAGGAGAAGGCCCAUCUGGGGCUGGUAACCUAUGGGUCGCGACAAACCAAUGCCUUGGGGGGGCCGCAUCCUGUGUCAACAUGGCCGAAAACCUCAACCAUCGUCUGAUGCAGUGCGAGCAUGACUUGAUCCGUCCGAUUGACAGCGCUGCAUUUAGCAUCGCAAUGAGUGGUACUGAGGCGCGACUGUACAUCUCAUGGAAGAAAAAUGAGCUCGACUACUACAUGGCCAACGUCGAUAAUUUUCUCCUCCAGGAUCCCGGGCAUUACGUUAAGUUCCGCAAGUACGUCCGCAACAUCCUCGACUGGGGCAGGGAUGGGCGGCUGGAGGGGAUUCGCAAGUCCCUGGACGACCUUCUGGAAGAGAGUCGGAAGACGGCUUCGGCGGCAGCCAAGUCACGCGUGCCACCGUCUGCCGAUUCUGCUAGCAGUACGAGCACGAGCAGCACGAGUGAUAUCAAGACGCGCAAAAUAACGUAG